AUGGAGAAAGGGGAACUGGAUAACACAGAGCUUAUUAUUAGUAUUAACGAUGACUUCAAAAACAUGUUGUCUAUUGUAGACAUCUGCAAUAUCGAAUCACAGAAAACAAAGUUACACAUUAACCAUUUCAGUUUCGGACAAAGUGCAAAAAUACCAACCCUUAUUGAAAAACAAUUUACACCAAAUAUCGAUAACAUUCAAAUUCAAAAGAAAUAUAAAAUGAAAUUUCCAGACACUUGCUAUGCAACCGGUUGUACAAGUUUGCGUAAUGAUUCCAUGUUGUUUGUCGAUCAAAGCAGUAAGAGGAUUAUCCUUUUUGAUAGCAACAGUCGCUUCCUUAGGAACAUUGAGGUCGGCUCAAAGCCAUUCGAUAUUGUAUCUAAAGAUGACUUUGUUGUUGCUGUUACUCUUUUUGAAGCAAACAAGAUUCUGUUCAUCGAACUCAGCUCUGAUCAGGAUAAAGUUAUCAAAGAAAUAGAUGUGAUCGGUCAAUGCUUCGGAAUCGACUACUCAGACCACAGACUUGCAGUUUCUGUUGAAGGUUAUGGUAUACAGAUAUUUGAUGAUACUGGAAUAAAAAUUAAAACAAUACCAUAUGCCAGCCGUUGUGUAUCGUUCGCCAAUUCACAUAUUUGUUAUAUCGAUUAUCAAUCAAGUGUGUUAAAGUGUACAAAUUAUAAUGGACAACAUAUCUGGGAAAUAACUUUGCCGAAAGCACUAAAUAUAAGUCAUAUGGCCAUUACAGUAGACCAAAACGGAAAUGUUUACGUAUUAGAUUCUUAUGGUGACAAACUUUAUAUUGUUUCAAGUGACGGUACCCGUUAUAAGCGGCUGUUGCAAAAGUCAGAUGAACUUUCAAACCCAAAGGGUAUUUAUUUCAACACCAGGAAACAACAAUUACUGAUGAUCACAAUUCCAAGCAAUACAGCUGUACUGUACGAUGUUGUAUGA